UGUGAGGGAGGAGAAGGAGGGAAGAGGAGGAAAAAAAAAGAAAGAAGCCAACUCAUCUGACACAACAGUGGGCCAAAGAAAGGGGAAGAGCAGGAGCAGCACUGUCCAGAACGAGUGGAAAAUCAAAGUUGGAGAAGACGAGUAGAAGUGUAAAGAAGACAAGACGGAGAAAAAGAAAGAGCCUCAGAGUCUGCACAAAGAUUGAACUGGGUGAAAAAAAGCUGCCAAACAAAAUAAGGAAAAGGGGGUUGAAGCAGAAAGGGCCCCAACAUUUAGAGAGGACUUCUAAAAACUGGGGAACAAAUUUCCUGCCCGACCUGCCAAGAGACUAUAAAAAGUCUGGAGGACCCCUGCUGGAAUUAGAUCUGUGCUGGUACGUGAAAACAGGAUGUCAACGCUACCAUCAGAAAACAGCAUUGAAGAUGCCUGCAGUCGCAGCUUCUGGAUGCCUGGGAACUAUCAGCCCACUGUGAAGCGAACAGAAUAUGCCUUCCAGGCCUGUAAUGACAUAGUGGCAUGUUUCCAAGAGAGAGCUCGCGUGGAGAGGCAGUACGCCCAGCAGCUCAGUGAAUGGAGCAACAAGUGGAAGCCAGUAGUGGACUCCAGUCCUUUAUACGGAUCUCUCCUGAAGGCUUGGCAGUGUUUUCUGUCUUCAGCUGACCGGCUGGCCUCCUUACACGCCUCCAUCUGUCGCUCCUUGGUGUCGGAGGAUGGAGACCGGGUCAGGACCUGGCAGAAGGACACCUUCCACAAGAAGUUAUUUGGAGGCUUUAAGGAGUCCCAGGACAUUGAGAUGGGCUUCACGCGUGCUCAGAAGCCGUGGGCCAAACGACUUAAAAAGCUGGAUAAAGCCAGGCGGGCGUACCACAAAGUGAGCCGUAAGGAGCAGGCAGCCAGGGAAAGAGAGGAACACUCUCAGGGGAACCCAGAUGUUGCCAUUGACAAACAGAAGAAGAUCCAGGAGGAGAGAGAGCUGGCUCAACAGGAGGCAGAGAAGGUUCGGGCCCGGUAUGAAAAAGUCCUUGAGGAGGUGAACCGCUACGCUCCACGCUACAUGGAGGAGAUGGAGUCCAUCUUUGACCAAUCGCAGGAUGAGGAGCGCAAGAGGAUUGUCUUCCUCAAGCAAGCCUUCCUCUCCAUCCACAAACACCUGGACAUUACCAACAACGAGAGUGUGAGGGCCGUAUACAAUGAGCUCCACAACACACUGAUGGCCAUUGAUGAGCAUGAGGAUCUUCGCUGGUGGAAAAACACCUACGGGCCCGGUAUGCCCACCGACUGGCCUCACUUUCAGGAAUGGAUGGCCGAGAAGAAAACCAAAAAAGGGAAGAAAGAAGUAGAAAAGAAAGGAACAACAGAGAGGAGUGUGAUGAUUGGAGGAGUGAGAGUAAGAGCUCUGUAUGAUUAUGUUGGCCAGGAGACAGAUGAGCUGUCAUUUAAAGCAGGUGAGGAGUUUUUGAAGAUCGAGGAUGAGGAUGAUCAGGGCUGGUGUCGGGGGAUGAAGGACGGCGGGUGUGAGGGGCUUUACCCAGCCAACUAUGUUGAGGUGGUGUAGUUAGUGCAUCUAAACUAAAAAUGAAAGAUCUUGUUACAUCAUGUGCUUUGUUUUACUGUGGAAGUCACAACCUGGUUUAAUGACUAAAUGUCAGAAACCUAAAACCAAUGCUGUACAAAAAAAACGCCAAGUAGCUGUUAGCCAAAGAUCUGGUCUGUGAUGAGCGUAUGAACUUAAGAGCACUUCAGAGGAUAUUUUAGCAUAUAGAGAUUUUUUUAAAACUAUCCAGGCUGUAUAAUCUCUUGAAGGAUUUUGAGAAAUGUUUUAAUAUAUACAGUAUGCAUAGACCACUUGUAUUGAAGCCAUAUGAUAAACAAUGCUUUAAUGUAAAAACGUGCUCUUAUAUAAUGAGCCAUUUGGUGCUGAAAUUGCAUUACAAGACAGCUAUUUUCCUUAAGCUGGCUUUUUUUAUUUUUCACCUCGACACAUUUCUAUUAAAAUGCUCACAAAGCCUCUCAACAUAUGGAGAAAGUACUGUGAUUAUAAUUAAUCCAAAGCAGCUGUACAAGUGGAGUCAGCUUUAUGGAAGUAGAUAACCUGUUUUUUCUUCUUUUUUGUGGUUUAAAGGAACAGUUCAACACUUAGGAAUAUGGUCGUUUGCUCUCAAAUACACAAUGAAUUGGGAAGAUUGACAUUAGUUUCACCUCUGUGUCAGGUAUAGGGGGAAGUACUAGCCUAGCAGCAUCAACACACAUUCCAGGAGCUCAAGUGCUGUCUUAUUUGUUAUCUUGUGUACUUAAAGUGGCUAUAAUCGAUAUAUUAACAAGUUAUGCUAUGACACAUACUGUAUGUGAAAGGUUUCUGAAGAACUGCCAAACUGACCUGGAGACUGCAUGCAACAUCUCAGAUGUACUUGUGAAAACAAAAUUCCGGUGCCUAUUGUGUUGAUGACUAGUUUUCUAGCUAAUAAAAUAUGUAUAAUGGCCACAGAAGAUACUGAUUAGCUGGAUGGUGGUGGUUAUAAUCUUAAAGUGGAAAUCCCCCAUAAUGCUUACUGUCAACAGGUAUAAAGGUACUGCAGGGAAUUAUGACAAAAAUACUUAUCCUUUAUGCUACAUCACAAACAUUAAAAAUAAAUGAAAAUUUAAACAUAACUUUUAAACAAGCCUGUUUAUAUCUUGUCAGAGACCAUGGUAUAAUGACUCUGAGGUACCUAUAUAGUGCCUGACUUUACACUACACCUGACAGCAGGUAACGUUAGCCUACCUUUAGCUAGCAGCUGGAUUAAACACGGUU